GUUGGCUGCCCUGAGUCCAAGCCACCAUGUUCUAUGUACAUCAGAUUCUUCACCGGCGCAAGGGGAAGUUUGGGAUGCUGUGGAUGGCAGCAACCUCACCCAAGUUUGUACGCCAUGCAAAGCUUAUGUCCAUCUCCUUGGCCAAGCUGAGUGAAGAGCUUAGGCAAGAGCUGACCCAUGGAAUCUCUGGCCGGAAGUCGCUGCGCUUCUCCCUGCGGCUGUCUUGCCGGCUCAUUACGGGGCUGUGGAUUCUCUACCGCAAGAAGGCGGCCCUUACCCGAGCCCUAGCAGAGAAGUGCCUGAAUAUGCUCAUCAAACGACGGCAGCUCAAGACGCAGGACAUUGACCUGCCCCCACGCAAGCGCCAGAAGCGUGUUAAAGUGGAAACUGACACUGCGCAUGACUUUGGGAAGGUGACACAGCUUCUUACGGUGCCCGAGCCAUUGGCUGGUGAUGAAGCUGCUGAGGAGCCCGCUGGGCUGACAGUGGACGUCGAGACGAUAACGCUUCGCGAGGAGCCACCCACGAUGCCGCCUGAGAGGCUGGAGGACGAAAUGAUCCCGUUCGAGGCAAGUGCGUUUCACCUCAAUUGA